AUGAGGGAGUUUGGUUCUGUCAAGUUGGCUGGCCUAAUCUAUAAAGUGGUUGUCAACUGCUUCUUUUCAGUGGUGGUGAAUGGUGAGCUAUGUGAAUAUUUCAAAUUUACUGCAGGUAUUUGUCAAGCGGAUGCAUCAUACCCAUUGUUCUCCAUCAUAGCUGAAGAGGUUCUGAGUAGGGGCAUUAGAAAAAAAGUCUUUGUAUGCUGUCAAAAUCAUCAUCCUGCAGGCUACCAAUUGCACAGUUAUGAUUGUUCAAUGGAGGAAGUUUUUCGGCAUUGCUGUUCUGUUAUUUGGGAUCACCAGAUAAAUGGUCUGCAUUGCCCAAAGGUGGUCUCCAUCUGGCCAGUUGAUUGGCCAAGCAUUGUGAGCUUUUCACAUCGUCAUUUAGCACAAUUGAAGUACAUCUUACCUAAGGCGAUUAGUAUAAAAAAGAUCCUUGUGCAUGAUGAGAGGACACUUUGUAUGAAGCCCGAGCUUCAAAUCAACCUACAAUUGGAUGCAUUCGAAAAUGGCGGUAACCGUAAAUCAGGAAGUGGGUACGCUUUUUUGAGGAAGAUGAUCCGUGCCCGCCUCUUGGAUUUCUGCAAUGCACACCCUGAGGCAGUUAAGAAAUUACUGAGAAAUUGCAUGCAUGACAUACAAGUGAUUCAUACUAAACUGUCCAAAUCUGAAGAUGUUCUCACUUUAUGGGAACGAGACACAAAUGUUCUUGUAGCUGUAAUUGGAGAUACUCUUACAAAAGAUUUUGAGGAAAGGUCAAAUUAUUAUGACACGUUGCUUGUAGCUGAAUCUCGUGCAAUCAAUGGAAAGAAAGGGAUCCAUUCUGCGAAGGAUCCCCCAGUCAUGCAUGUAACGGACCUGCUGACAGCAUCUGCAAAAAAAGCUAAAGAUUUCUUGCCCUUCUUGCAACAGAGUAAAAGGCUACCUGCUGUUGUGGAUUACGUCCUUAGUGGUCAUCGGUUUAAAUUGCUGAUCCCCGAGGAAACUUGCAGCAUUCCAUUCUCCUUCUCUGGUGUUAGAUGCCCCGGCCGCGAUGAGCCUUUCUCAGAUGAAGCAAUUGCCUUCAUGAGAAGAAAGAUCUUGCAGAGGGAUGUAGAGAUUGAAGUCGAAACAGUUGAUAGAACUGGAACCUUCUUGGGUUCUUUAUGGGAAUCAAAGACCAACAUGGCUGUGGUUCUUCUAGAGUCUGGGUUGGCAAGGCUUCAAACUGCUUUUGGUGUUGACAGGAUUCCUGAUUCUCACCUACUUGCAAAGGCUGAGCAGUCUGCAAAAAACCAGAGAUUGAAGAUUUGGGAAAAUCAUGUUGAAGGACAGGAAGCUACUAAUGGGUCAUCAGUGGCUGAGACCAAACAGAAGGAAGUGCUUAAGGUGGUGGUUACUGAGGUACUAGGCAGUGGCAAGUUUUAUGUCCAAACAGUUGGAGAUCAGAAAGUGGCUAUUAUUCAGCAGCAACUAGCUUCAUUGACCCUCCAAGAUCCUCCUGUCAUUGGCGCUUUUAAUCCUAAGAAGGGGGAUAUUGUCCUUGCUCAGUUCAGUGCAGAUAAUUCUUGGAAUAGGGCCAUGGUGAGACUCUCAUUAACUACAAAAAGUGGCUCCUUUUAUGUUCUGGAAAAGUUGGUGGCAAUCACUAGUUGUCAGUAAGCAGUAUUUAUAAUU